AUGGCGGCUACCAGCGAGCAGUGGCCGGAGAUCGAGAAGGCGGAGAAGGAGAAGCGCCGCGAGCUGGUGUUCCAGGGUCCGGCUGUGGAUGACAAGCUGCGGGCGUGCGGCGGCCAGCUCCCCCCGGCUCUGUUCAGCCUCUCCCUCCUUAACUACCUGGAGGUGAGCGGGUGCCCGGAGCUGCGGGAGCUGGGUGACGGCGUGGGGCGGCUCUCCCACGUGCAGAGCCUGGUGCUGUGCCGCAAUAAGCUGCAGAGGAUCCCCCCGGCCCUGGGCGAGCUCAGAGCCCUGCGGGUCCUCGAUGUGUCCGGGAACGAGCUGGAGGAGCUGCCGGCGGAGAUCGCUCAGCUGUCCGACCUCUGCACCCUGAAUGUCAGCUGCAACCGGCUGCGGGAGCUCCCUGCCGGGCUGGAGCGAUGUACUAAGAUCGCCGGGCUCAACCUGUCUAAGAACUGCAUCACCGAAUUCCCUCCCGGGUUCCUGUGCUCCCAGCUGGCCCUGCUGGCCUCUAUAUCGGCUGCAGACAACCGAAUCCAGGAGCUGGGGGAGGAGAUCGGCCUCCUGCAAGGGCUAAAGGUACCGGCCACUUACCGCAGCCAGUGACUUACAAACAGCAGCUAACCAGCUGUGGCCUGAUUCAUGUCACCUCCCCUGGAAAAUGAGUAUUUCAUAAAGAUUAUAUUUCAUAAAGAUAGAAACUUUUUAUAAAAUACUCAUUUUGAAGAAAGUAAAUCUCACCUUUACCUGCGCGACCGGACACUAGACCCCCAGACGGUGACAGCGCCGCUAUAGAACUCUAACCACCAUAAUCACUAAAACCCACAGUAGUGGUUAUGAUGUGAGAAGUAUUUUGGCGCUGUUCCUCAGUUUUACAAUGGUUUUACUACUUGUAGGGAUUCUCUAGUGCCAGGAAAACAAACUUGUUUUCCUGGCUCUAGAAAAUCCUUGCUUGCCCCCCAUUCCACGCCGCUGAAGGGGUUAAAACCCCCUUCUGACACUUACCUGAAUCCGGCGCCGGCAGGGGAGAUAUAAUGCGUGGCUAUGGUCACGCACGUAUUAGUCACCCCAUAGGAAAACAUUAUCCAAUUAUUUCCCAUGGGGAUUCCGGCGAUAGGGUGACAACGACCAAAAGUAGUCUAUGAAGCUGUAAGUCCCUCUAGUGGCUGUCUGGUAGACAGCCACUAGAGGACUUAACCCUGCAAGGUAAUUAUUGCAGUUUAUGAAAACCAGCUUAAGGAUGAUGGGAAUUGGCACCCAGACCACUUCAAUGAGCUGAAGUGGUCUGGGUGUCUACAGUGUCCCUUUAACUGGUAGUCAGGCACCAGGUCUCUUUUGAAGCACUGUUUGUGAAGCUGAAUGCUGAUCCUGCCAUUCAUUUAUUAGCUGAGAGUGGCAACUCUCAGCCAAUGAAUGAGAUCCUGUGGAUCGAAAUCUGUACAGGGUGGCUAAUGACACUGCCAGAAGUGGAGUUGCGCCUCCAGCAGCAAAGUGGUUAAGCUCUGCAUGUGCAGUGUUCCAAAGUGAAACAUACAGACUGCUGGUACCAUGACCACUUCAAAUCACUUUAGUGAUUGCAGAGCAUGCAUGUGUAUCAGUUUUGUUCAGCUUGGUUAUUGAGCCUAAAUUUCGCAAUUUGUAUUUACAUUAAAGCCCAGUGAAUUCUGACUUACACUGUAUAUUUUUGCACAACUCUUCGUAGGUGUUUAGCAAACUCUGCCCUGUGUAAGAUACAAUAAAACUAUCAGUCGCUUUAGCUUUUAUUUGUAUUUUCAGAGUCUGGAUCUCUCCAACAACCAACUCACUGACAUCCCUUGUGAGUUGGCAGAUUGCAGUAAGUUGAAAGAAAUAAACUUCACGGGCAACAAGCUUAAAGACAAACGCUUGGAAAAGAUGGUAAAUGGCUGUCAAACAAAGUCUGUAUUGGAUUAUCUACGGGUUGGAGGACGUGGAGGAGGAAAAGGAAAAAAGACAGAAAAUGCUGUAAAGGAAGACGUGAAAGACAAAAAGAAAAAGCGAGAGCGUAAACCAAAGAAAGAUAACGGAGGAGAUGAAGAUGACCCUGAUGAAGAGUUGAAUAAAAUGAUGCUAAAAAUCCUGCAUAUUUCAGAGAACUCAUCGCCACUCAUUGUAAAAGCAAGUGCCAGCACAAAGGACGUUCGGCAAUACAUCGUGUGCUGUGUGGUCAGAGGAAUGAACUUGAAACCUGGCAAUGCUCUAAAACGGUUCCUAGCUGCACAGGUAAUUCUUGUAGACCUAUAGGUAUAUGAAUAACACAACAGCCAGUUUGCUUUUAUAAUGUUAGUGAAAUUCCAAAAAAGAAAAUAGCACUUCUCAAAUGAGAAUAGUCUCCUGGAUAUUUAACAAUUUAGAUACUAAAUAACCAUAGAUGAAAAACUAAUAACCUUGAAAAAAAAAAUAUAUAUAUACAAGCUUUAUAAGGCUACUCCUAUGCCAAUAUGUAAUAUAUAUAUAUAUAUUUUUUUUGUGAGGACAGGAGCAGUGAUAGAGGAAAUGUAUGAAAAAUAAAAAAAAGCUUUAUUGUAACCUUAUCAAUAGAAUCCUAUCUCAGUCGGAUAUACCAUACGCCCACUACACGUUAGUCAUCACAGCUGAUUACUUCCACGUGAGGUAUUCCUAUAUAAACAGGUCAUUUUAAUUUCUCUGUUAACCCCUGACGGAGGUGCAACUUGUUUGGCACCAAAACGUGCGCAGGCUUUCUUUUUCUGUUUUUAAAAUGGGGGUUUAAUUCACUCCACUAUAAUUUAUUUUCAAUUUUAGGGUUAUUUUCUCACAUUAUGUUUUUAGAUGGCCUAACUUAGCUUAUUUCUUCAUUCAUUUUCUCCUUAUGCCUAUUUAGUAAGAUUAACAGUGUGAGAGGCUGUUUUCUAUCCCUUUUAUAUCUUCUGUAUUGAUUUUGAACGUAUCUAUUUGGCUGUUACUCAGCCUCAGGGUGACUCCCAGACAUGGUAUUUUUGCCUCUAGUAAACGGACUGAGAUAGGAUGGUAUAGGAUUCCACUGAUAAGGUUACAAUAAAGCUUUUUUUAUUUUUCAUAUAUUACCUAUAUCCAUGUCCUUACAAAAAUGUUUUUUUACAUAUUGGCAUAGGAGUAGCCUUAAAAGGCUUGUAUCUUUUAGUAUUUUUUUUCAAGGUUAUUAUUUUUUCAUCUAUGGUUAUUUAGUAUCUAAAUUGUUUAAUAUCCAGGCGGCUAUUCUCAUUUGAGAAGUACUAUUUUCUUUUUUCUAUAUACGUUUUAGGGUUAUGCCCUGGAAUGUCCCACUGGUGUGCGGACAUAGUGGUCUGAUUUGAUUGACUUCAGUUGCUCUAUCUUUCCUCUAUAUCCGCUCUUGUGCUUGUUUUCAAAUUCCAAAACCGUCAUUGUGACUUUUUUUCCUAAAGAACAUAUCUAAGUGGCAGUGCUGCUUUAAUCCAGUUUGGAAAAACGUUGGGUAGCAUAAACACAAGGUUAUUCGCUAAACUGUGAACUGUCAGGAAUCAGAGGAUUCCAAAUUUUAGGCUAAAAUAUUUUAGCUGUAAACACUGAGAGUUAAAGAAUUGUUUAAAACCGUUUUUAGUAUUCCUUAAUGAUUUCCCGGUAAUUCAGUUUAGUAAUUUUAGAGGUUUCUGACUGAAUUGUUAUUUAUUUUUGUAACUUAUAUUGAACUUGAUUGAUAUUAACUCUACAAAUCUGAUUUAAUCAGUGUACCUACACAAUCAAAGAAUACUAUACUCCAUUGGUGUGCUUCCUUUUGCGGUAUCUCACGAUUCUGAGGGCGGUGUUUCACAAAGCCUACUCGGCAGGAGGAAGCUUACAACUGCCAGUCACCAUGCAUGUAGUUUUAUAAUAUCAAAUUCAUAGACUGCAUUUGGUAGACAGAAUUGCAAAGAAUUUAAAUCAUAGGUGAUCGUACAAGGAUCUUUUUAUUUUUUUUUCAUUGUCUCCCUGCAUGUAGCUACAGUCUGCCCCAUUCUCUGUAAUAUCACAUUGGAAACUAUCAUUCCAGUACACUUUUUAAAAAAAGAUUUUUGUACAGAUUUCACACUCCUUCCAGGCUCCCCUAGUAACUUGUAUGAAUUCUCUCCAAUAGCUCCUUUCCUGAAAAAUAAACAAGAAUUGAGCUCUUUGGCAUGCUAUUGCAAUCUGCAGUAGAAUAUUGAAGAUUCUCUGGAUCAGCUCAUUUUUUUUAAAGGGACACUAAAAUCACCAGAACAACUGCAGCUUAUUGCAUUUGUUCUGGUGAGUAUAAUCAUUCUCUUCAGGCUUUUUGCAGUAAACACUGUCUUUUUUUAAAUAAAAUGCAAUGUUUACAUGUUUACUAGAUGUGCUUCCUGGGGAAGCGCUACACAGUGUGCAGCACUACCAUUUAGUGUCUCCACACUCUGCAUGCAGACUCUGAACUUUCCUCAUAGAGAUGCAUUGAUUGCAUCUCUGAGGAGAUGCAGAUUGGUCGGGGCUGUGUUUGACUUGUGCUGGCUCUUUCCCUAAACUGCCUCCUUGGCAGUCUAGGCCAGUCCAAUAGUUUCCUAUGGGAGAUCAGUGUGAUUGGCUCAGAGAAUCAUUUCUGAUGAUGUCAGCCAGUAAGGCAGAUCAGGGGCAGAGCCAGUAGCAGCAGAAUUGAAUAAAGUAAGAUCUUAAUUGCAGUUUAUAAAGAUGCUGCUUUCUAUUUACAAAUGGCACUUUUUAAAAUAACUGCAGUAACACCUCCCUCAGAUAGCUGUGGAGGAUUUCCUUCCUGAUUCCGUUAGCUCUGUGCACCUGCCUUCUGCCCAAGAAAGUGUGCCGUUUGUGCACACGUCCAUAGAACUCACUUUAGACCUGUCUGCAGACUUUCUGGCUGCCAGCCUGGAGGUAGUGGGCUGCAUGCUGAUCUCACAGUGGUUUAUCAUGACCAAUGACAUGCUUCUCAUUGAGGAGCCUCUGAUUUUGUGAGGCUAGCAAGCUUCCAAGUUCAAGAUUGGAAAGGGCUUGCAAAGGCUGCAGACAGCUGAUCUGCAGCUUUUUCAAGCUGUUUUUAGCUAUACCACGAUGGAAACAAAUGCAGCAAUAAAUGUAUGCAUGUUUUAAUUGGGUUAUAUCUACUAAAGUGGGGGGAAAUCCAUUGAAGUGUUCCUUUACGUUUGUGACUCCAAGAAAAUGCAUUCCAGAGGAUUUUGUAGUAAGAGUAAUGCUCUUUAUAGUGUUAAGUCAUACACGUACAAACGGUCAGUGUUUCAGUCCAUAUACCAGGACUUUCUUUGAGAGUGUGAACUUAUAUAAUUAAAAGGCAAAUGACAGACUAAUACUAUUCCAAAAUCUUUCUGCUUUUAAAUGUGCCAUAAAUGCACCUCAUACAAUGCUAUACAUAGGAACAAGUCAUGUUUAUUUUAAAGAAGUAACGUUAACCAUUCACUUAUUUUUAUUUAUUUUUAGUCCGUUAUUUAUUUCCCUUUCCCAUCUUCUUCUUUUUCCUUGCGCAGCCUCAUUCUGAUAUUUUGGAUUUUUUUACAUUUAGUAUGUUUUAGGUUUUCCUACCAAGGCUUGCCUCCCACGCCCCAUUUUUUUUUUUUUUUUUGCACUUACAACCUACUCCUGCAUAUUUAUUUUAAAGAAGUGCUUGACAAAUUUCAUUGCAAUCUAGGAGCCAGCUAAAAAAGUUAGGAGCCUUUUUUCUGGGGUUUUUUUUUUUUUGGUUAAACUAACAAAGCUUUAUUUUCAACGACAAAAAUACAAUUCACUAUAGUACUGCCGCUUAAUUUUCUGGUGUCUAUAGUAUGUCCCUACAGGCUUUUCAAUAUAAAUUCAGCAUUGAGAAUAGGCAGUGUUUACAUUGUUGCCUAAUAACAUCUCUAGUAAUAGUCACUAAGACAGCCACUAGAGGUGAUUCUUAGACCACUGCUGCAAUGUGCAACACCUACGUUCACUGUCUCUGUGCUGUGCAUGGAGGUGCUGAAUGUUCCCCAUAGAGCUGCAUUUUGCUGUGCACGCACAAUAUCCUCCCAAUCCUUUUUUUUAUGGGAAAGCAUUGUCUUGGCUGAGAUCAUCAAGAUUGAUUAUCUCUGACACGACGACCAGCACGGUGUGGGAAAAGGGUUGAGUUAAAACACAUUUCCCAUGCAGCCGGAGAAGGGGCUGAUCACCUAAACAUACACUCACUCGCAGACAGACACUACCUUUUGGGUGAGCAGAAGUGGAUUCCUUUCAUGUAGUCCAGUGUGGCUGCUGAAAUCUUCCUGCUCUUUUUGAUUUGCUCCCUCGAAUGCUGUUUACUGAUGCUGGGGGGCGAAAUUACUUUCAUCUCUCCGCUUCCAGCAUCACAGCAGGGCAUGUGAGGGAGCAGAGCAAUAGGAGCUCCAUUGCCGCUGUCUCCAUUCUCACUCAGCCUACAUCGGGAGUGCAGUGGGGCUGAUGCUGAAUGGGCUGUCAAACUUUUUUAGUCGCCAGGGUGAGCUGGUGCCUGGGGUUUGUCGAGCCUUGUUUUAAAAGUGACAUCGGAAUCAAAUUUCUAAAAUGCUUUUAACUAUUUUUUACCACUAGGUGGCAGAGCAUAUCUGAAAUUUGUGGUGCGCACCUAGUAAGGGACAUAUUCUAUGAAUGAUGUUGCACAACACUGUUAAUCUCUUUCAUGUUAUAGUAGCUUCAUAGACCUGCAGAUUUAAGUGAUCUUUUUCUCAUGUGUUUUUGUGCUUCUAGUACCUACUGCAGUUGAAGAUGAAUCAUAAUAUAGACUUUGAUGGCAUAUUUAAAAAAAAUUAAAAAAGGUCCAUCUAAUCUGCAAUUUCCUUUCUAAAAGUAACAGAGUCCGUGUUUUAAAUCCUGCUCAGAGACAUAGUUGGUCUCUUCAAUACCUUUUUCAGCAGUGUUAGUCUUUUACUUUUUACAACUCUUCCUGUAGCGAAACCUAAAAAGAUGUUUCUUGUAUUUCUAUAGAUGUCCUUUCACCUGUUGUGGUAUGCCUUCGUCUUCUAACUUUCCCCUUCUAUAAAUAAUGUAAUUUUCUCUUGCUAAAGCCUUUAAAGGAAUACUCUAGUGCCAAGCAUACAAAACUAUAUUCCUGGUACUAUCGCUCCCCCUGCCUUCCUCGUGCACCGCUCCUCAGUGUCCCUCGGCGCUAGGUCGAAGCUGCUCUUCCUCCUCCGUCCUGCAACAAGUGGGCGAUAAUGCGCACAUUAGACCUCCUCAUAGGGAAGUAUUGAAUCAAUUCUAUGCAAUGGGGAAAAAUCUGACGCUGGGUGUCCUCAUGCAAAGGUCCAUUUCAAACCAAAUAGCUUUCUAGUGGCUGUGUGAAAGGCAGCCACUGGAGGCAGAUUUAGAGCUGCAAUGUAAACAUUGGAGUUUCUCUGGAACUGCAGUGUUUAACAUUACAGCACUAAGGGCAAUAGGGACACUGUACCUAGACCACUUCAAUUAGCUGAAGUGUUUUGGGUGCCUACAGUGUCCCUUCAAGAUAAUAGUCCAAUGUUGAAAGGGCAGUUUGAGUAUCAUAACCAGUAUUUUUAUGGUUCCAGGAGUCCCUUUGUGCCAUCCAACCACACUUACCAUGUUCUCAGGUGUCUGGUAUUCUCAAUAUCACUUUCAGCCAAUGAAUGAUGCCAAAAUAUAGACCAUGAUCAUGCUAAAGCAAAUUGAGAAUUUGUCCUAAAAACUGUAAGGAACGCUGGUGCCCAAGAGACCUCAUGUAAGUGUCAAACCAUUUGAAAACUUACCAGAUAACUAACUGGCAAUUUAACCACAACAGGCUGAAUUGGUUAUGGUACUUUGCCUUACCCUAUAAUGUGAACAUGUGGUAUUGAUGCGUAUGGUAUUUUACACAUAAAUGGUCACCCCCUUCCAAAGGGUUGGAGUAACACUUUACUUAAGGCUAGUGUUCAUUCCCAUUUUAUUGCAUUAAAUAAUUAAAACUAGAAAUAUUUUUUUGGUCAAAUUGACACAACUCCCUGCGUCAUAACCACUACAAUGAGCUGUAGUGGUUAUGGUGCGUACUUUGCCUCUUUGAUAGAAUUGAAGCUUUUCCAAUGAAGAUCUGUCCCUUGCACAAGGCCUAUGGCAGAAAGUGGCUUUUAGUUAAAGCGGCACUGUCAUGCCGAACUUACCUUUCCUCAAUCUCUUCCUCUUCUCCCCCUCUCUCAGGACCUGUUCUUCUUUUCUUCCUGUCUUCUUUAGUUUUCUUUAAAAUCAUAAGACAAAGUAGGGACUCUUUGCCUUAUGGAGGAUUCCUCCGCUUGACCAGCUCUGACCAGCGGAGGAGCAAAGUGUGCUUCAUUUCCGCUGGUCAGAGCAAUUUUCCCAUGAUCCCUAGCUUUCCUCAGUGUUCCCACAAUGCUUCCUGUCACUUUACACAAAACUGCCGAAUUGCGUUCUAACUGAAUGAGAACGGUAUGUUCGUUUCUUUUAGAACGCAAUUCGGCACUUUAUUCGGAUCGCAAUUUCAUUUGAAUGAAUGAAACUCCGAUCCUAUUGAUUGCUGUGGCUGCAUCUUGCAGCUGCUUAGUAGAUAACUCCCUAAUUCCCACGGUAUUAGGGAGCUAUCUACUAAAAGGCUGAAAGACCUAAAUUGGUCUUUCAGCCAACUUUACUAAUACUAAGUAAAAAUUAAUUAGUAUUAGUAAGUAAUAUGCCCCUACUCGCUAUACCGCGAGUAGGGGCAUGUCUGGUAAACAGUGAGCAGUCUGUGGCUGCUCACUGUAAAAAAAACUAUUAUGGCCCCCACCCGCCGCCCAGGGGUGGGGGGAGUACUGCCCUCAUUCUCACUGUUUAGGGGUGGGGGCCAAUAGUUGUUUUUUUUUUGUUUUUUUUUACAGUGAGCAGCCACAGGCUGCUCACUGUUUAGUGGACAUGCCCCUACUCGCGGUAUAGCGAGUAGGGGCAUUUGGGAGAUUUUAAUCUCCCUUGUGCUAUUAUGGGGGUCAUACUGACCCCCAUAGAGUGAGUGGGGGGGCUUGGAAGUGGUGCUUCUGCCGCUUCUAUCUUUACAUAUUACAAGGAGGGAGCUGCGUGCCGGUAGCUCCCUCCUUGUAAUAAACUGAACGAACAAACAUACACUGAUACAUUGUGUUUGUUUGUUCGGCUGAUCUUUCUAUUCACUCGUUCGUCUGUCUGAUGAAUGAAUGAAUAGAUGAAAUUCCCGUUCGCAUGUCCAGGAGUUUCACUGGGCAUGUGCGGGAAUCCCACAGUCUAUCUAGUGUGGGCUGAUGACGUGUCCCAUAGGGACUUCAUCUACCCACACAAAGAUGGCGGCGCCCUGAAUAUAGAUCGGGGCAGAAAAUAAGGAUAAAAAAAUAGGUAAUGUGGGGGGCUUAGGGGCAUUUGGGGGUGACAAGUGAGUCAAUUGGAUGUAGUGGAGGCGGUAGAGGGGUUAAAAAAAAACAACAGAAUUCGGCAUGACAGUGCCGCUUUAAAUAUGUUUUCACAGCUUUAUUUACUUUUAUUUAUCAAAAAAUAUUCAACUUCUCUGUCCCUUCCUCCCAAUCUGUACUGUAUCCUAUUUUUACAAAGUGACACUAUGGGCUCUUUUCAGGCACCUUGUGAGAGGUCAAGCAGUUUGCAGGUUUGUUUUUUUUGUUUUGUUUUUGUUUUUUCAUACAUUACUAGGUUUGUUUCCAAAAUGUUUUUGUAUAGUACUUGUUUAUGGGAAGUGUCAUUAUUUAAUAAUGUAACUAGUUUUUCUACAAUUACAUUUCCAUAGAAUUACUUGUUCAGUAACGUUGGUCUAACAUUUUGAUAAGUGUUACUAAGACAGCUCCAGGCAAAGGUGACAGACUUUUUUUCCAUGCUCGAUCUUGAUAAUUGAUUAAAUACAUACAUGCAAAAAAAACACUUCAGGUUUUGUUUUGUCCAAUCCAGGAGGUAGCUUGGCCAGUCAGGAGCCUCUCAUUCUUGUCUAUGUAGUCUGAACUGUUUAACAAGGCAUGCUGCAAUGGCUAACGUUCAGGUUAUGUGCUAGUAGUUUAAAUCUUUUAGUGGCUGUCACAUUUCAAAUCACUGCACAGAGAGAAUUUGUACAUUUGUUAGCCGUGUGUCUCUUGCCUAUAAAUUUGUCAGUUCCAAGCUGUGUCUAAAGUGUGUGUAGUUUGACAAGCAAAUUUUCGAGCUCUGUGCACAGCCCCAGUUCUUCUCAAAAGUUUUAGGGUGUCUUACAUUAGUUAUCUCCUUUCUGCCUUCUGGUGUAAGUUAAAGGACCACUAUAGUGCCAGUAAAACAUACUCGUUUUCCUGGCACUAUAGUGUCCUGAGGGUGCCCCCACCCUCAGGGACCCCCUCCCGCCCGGUUCUGGAAAGGGGGUAAAACUUACCUUUUUCCAGCGCUGGGCGGAGAGCUCUCCUCCUUCUCUCCUCCUCCGUUCCUCCCCGUCGGCUGAAUGCGCACGCGCGGCAAGAGCUGCGCGCGCAUUCAGCCGGUCACAUAGGAAAGCAUUCAUAAUGCUUUCCUAUGGACGCUUGCGUGCUCUCACUGUGAAAAUCACAGUGAGAAGCACGCAAGCGCCUCUAGUGGCUGUCAAUGAGACAGCCCCUAGAGGAAAUAGGGGAAGGCUUAACCCAUUCACAAACAUAGCAGUUUCUCUGAAACUGCUAUGUUUAUGGAAAAAAUGGGUUAACCCUAGCUGGACCUGGCACCCAGGCCACUUCAUUAAGCUGAAGUGGUCUGGGUGCCUAGAGUGGUCCUUUAACCCCUUAGCGACCGAGGACGGUUCAGGACCGUCAUCGGCAUUUUUUGCCUUGAGGACCGAUGACGGUCCUGAACCAUCCUAACGGUCUGGGGGUACUUACCUGAUCGCCGUCGUUCCCCCGGCGGCGAUCAGUGUUCCUCCGGUUGUGGGGAGACUGCCUGCAGCCCAGACAGUCUCCCCACACUGAUUUAGGACCCCUGUGGCCAUGUGAUCGCUUAACACAGCGAUCACAUGGUCACAAUAGGUGUCCAUGUGUCUGCCUGCAGGGGGACUGUCUGUGCUGACAGGCAGUCUCCCUGCUAGUGUAAAAUCAAAAAAAUAAAAUAAAGUUAAUGUUAAUAAAAAAAUAACAAUAAUUAUAUAGGUGUAUAUAUGAUAUAUAGACAUAUAAUAUAUGUCUAUAUAUCAUCUAUAUAAUGCCGUACUAAGUGUAUUUUUAUAUUAAUAUGUACUUAUAUUAAUAUAAAAAUACACUUAUAAUUAAAUUACACACGUGUAUAUAUAUAUAUAAUAUAUAUAAUAACUAUAUAUAUAUAUAUUGUAUAUAUAUAUUAUUAUAAAAUAUAAAUAAGAAGUAAUUUAAAUUAAAUAAAAAAAAUUUAAAAUAAUAAUAAAAAAAUUAUAUCUAUAUGAAAUUUUAUUCUAACUGUAUUUUAAAAUUAAUAUAUAUAUAUUUAUAUCAAAAUACACUUAGAAUGAAUUUGUAUAUAUAUCUAUGUAUAUAAAAAUAAAUAAAAAUAAUAAGAAAUAUACAUAUGUCCAUAUACAAAAUUACAUAAAUAAUUAUAUAAAUAUACACGUAGACUUCAAAUAUAUAAAUAUGCAUAUAUAUUUAAAUUCUACGUGCGUAUUUAUGUAAUAGUUUUACAUAAUUCAGUAAUUUUAUUGAUUGCAAUUUAAGGGACCUGCCUGCCAACCCAGGCCGAAAUUCCAGAGAAUUGAAUUUGCUAGCACUGUAUUUUACCCUGUAACGUUCUACGACACCCUAAAACCUGUACAUGGGGGGUACUGUUUUACUCGGGAGACUUCGCUGAACACAAAUAUUAGUGAUUCAAAACAGUAAAACAUAUCACAGCGAUGAUAUUGUCAGUGAAAGUGACUUUUUUUGCAUUUUUCACACACAAACAGCACUUUUACUGAUGAUAUAAUUGUUGUGAUACGUUUUCCAGUUUUUAAACACUAAUAUUUGUGUUCAGCGAUGUCUCCCGAGUAAAACAGUACCCCCCAUGUACAGGUUUUAUAGCAUUUUUGAAAGUUACAAGAUCAAAUAUAUGGGUCAAAUAUUUUUACAUUGAAAAUGGCCAGGUUGGUUACGUUGCCUUUGAGAGCGUAUGGUAGCCCAGGAAUGAGAAUUACCCCCAUGAUGGCAUACCAUUUGCAAAAGAAGACAACCCAAGGUAUUGCAAAUGGGGUAUGUCCAGUCUUUUUUAGUAACCACUUGGUCACAAACACUGGCCAAAAUUAGCGUUCAAUUUAGUUUUUUUACUUUUUUCACACACAAACAAAUAUGAAUUCUUACUUUGGCCAGUGUUUUCGACUAAGUGGCUACUAAAAAAGACUGGACAUACCCCAUAUUGAAUACCCUGGGUUGUCUACUUUAAAAAAAAUAUGUACAUGUGGGGUGUUAUUCAGAGAUUUAUGACAGAUAAUAGUGUUACAAUGUCACUAUUGAUAAAUUUAAAAAAUUUAUGUUUUGAAACCGCAAUAUUCUACUUGUACCUAUAGCCCUAUAACAUGCAAAAAAAAGCAAAAAAGCAUGUAAACACGGGGUAUUUUUAAACUCAGGACAAAAUUUUGAAUCUAUUUAGCAGUUUUUUUAAUUCGCUUUUGUAGAUGAGUAAAAGAUUUUUCAAGUAAAAGUCAAAAAACAUGUAUUUUUUUCAAUUUUUCAUCAUAUUUUUUUAUUUUUUUUAAAAUUAAAAUACAUGAGAUUAUAUAAAUAAUGGUAUGUAAAGAAAGCCCCUUUUGUCCUGAAAAAAACAAUAUAUAAUUUGUAUGGGAACAGUAAAUGAGAGAGCGGAAAAUUACAGCCAAACACAAACACCACAAAAGUGUAAAAAUAUGCCUGGUCGCAAAUGUACAACAUCGCAAAAACAGUCCAGUCCUUAAGGGGUUAAGGGAUGCACUGAAAAAGUUAUUAAUUUUGUGUAUAUGAAUUACAAAAGGAUAUACAGAAUGGCUAUAUUACAUGUAAUUUUUUUUUUUAUUGUCCGUGAUAAUUUUAAAAACUGGUUUUCUUUUAAGCAGAAAGCUGUACAAUGCAUAAACACUGUUCUGCUGCUGGCAAUGCCCCCCAAUUUUGUGUGAAGCUCUUCCUGAGAUGUUUAACACUAUCUAAGGGUCAAUUUCUCAUGGUACUGCUAUUGCUGAUACAUAAUGCUACUCUUUCACAUUAGUAGUAUCGGUUUUGUACAGAUUUGCGCUGCAUUCAUGGGCUGAGCCCCUCAGUUGACCCGUUUAGCCAGUGAAUGCUUUGCAAACUUGGACAGAAUUGACUUUCUCAUGAGAAAUUACUUCCACAAUUGCAAAAUGCUGAGCAAGAGCCAGCACCAGGGGGCUCUGUUUCUGUCGAUCUGCUUGCACUUUUUGACAAAGUUUAGAAGGUCUAUACAAGAGGCAUGCUUUCCUAGAAUGCCCCCUAAAACAUUUCACCUCUUGUUUUGGGCUUUGCUGUUCUUUUUUCAAAUAACCAAGUCAGUGAUUUCUGGUUUUGUUUUAGACCAAGCUACAUGAUGAUAUAUGUGACAAAAGGACUUUAGCAACUAUUGCCACUCAUGAUAUGCGCCUUGUGAAGGGACCUCUGCUGUAUGAUGCCAGACCACCCAAGGAUGUUAAGGUAAGAUGAGACUUUCCAUUUUACUGCUAAGGAUAAUGGUAUAAUGUUUUUCUUGUAUUCUAUGGAAUAAAUGCAAUUUUCAAGUGUUGACUUUAAACUGGGGUUUUUAUAGUGCUGGAUUACAUUGGGAUGCUUGGAUCCAAGUUGCUUAGAAUAGGCUUUCUGACUUUGUACUUCAAAUAUGGCACUCUGGCCAUUUAAUAUCUUUACUUUUUUACAGUAAAGGGACACUCUAGGUACCAGAACCUCUACAUCUUAAAGGACCACUAUAGUUCCAGAAAACCAAACUUAUUUUCCUGGCACUAUAGGGUUAUUAGGUCCCGUCCCCCCACCCACUGGGCUGAAGGGUUUAAAACUCCUACAGCCACUUACCUUUCUCUAGCGCCGGAUUCCCUCAGCGCUUGUGACCCCCUCCUCAUGCUGACGUGAGCUCCGCAUGCGCGGCAAGAGCCCGUGCGUGCAUUUAAACCGCCCAUAGGAAAGCAUUACUCAAUGCUUUCCUAUGGACGUCCAGCGUCUUCUCACUGUGAUUUUCACAGUGAGAAUCGUGGAAGCGUCUCUAGCAAGUGUCAGUGAGACAGCCACUAGAGGCUGAAUUAACACUCUGUGAAACAUAGCAGUUUCUCUGAAACUAUGUUUUCAGCUGCAGGGUUAAAACUAAAUGGACCUUGCACCCAGACCACUUAAUUGAGCUGAAGUGGUCUGGGUGCCUAUAUUGGUCCUUUAACUCCGUGGUUUUCUUGUAAAGACCCUGUUCCGGAAUGUAUAAAAGCGUAAACACUGCCAUUCGUUGAAAAACUGCAAAGUUUGCAUUUGUUAAUCAUAUUGCCUCUAGUUAUUGCCUCUAGUUUUUGUCUCUGACACUCUGGCGCUAGAUAAGAUGAGUAAAAACAGCGUAUUUUACUUUAAAAUAGGAGGUUUAUGCAGUGAGAAUUGAGGAACACUCUUAUAACAUACAUUAAUUUUAAUAUUGUUGUGAGUAUUUUCUGUGCUAGGGGUUUAAAGGAACACUAUAAUACAGGAAUACAAAACUAUAUUACUAACCCUGAACUAACACAGGUCCCUCGUCGCUGACUACAAUUCCACCUCCUCCGAGGUUUGUACAAUCUUGUUAGAUUGCGGGUUUAAGGGGAUAGGACCACUGCACCCAGACCACUUCAAUGAGAUGAAGUGGUCUGUGUGCCUAUAGUGUCCCUUUUAAGUACUCUAAUAUUUAAUCUAAUUUAUAUUAUCACUAAGAGCCACAGGCUUUACGUGUACUUUCAACCAAUUUUAUACUGUGUGUGAUCUCCGUUUGACAUAUUCAUUGUUUUGUUUUUGUUUUUUUUAUAAGUUUUACUUCAGCUUUUUGCAACAUUAAGACAAUUUUUGUGUCCGAAAGAAGUGUACACUGUGCCGCUGUGAGAACCUCUCUAAUCUCACCCAGCAAUGGAUAUGUUAAACUGUUGGAAAGCAAUCAGUAGUGUUAAUGCUGAAUCUUGCAGGAGAUGCAAUUACAAACCCAGUCAUUUGUGCAGGCAGUGCUAGAUAAGUUUACUAAGACCUGUCAAUCAUAGUCUUUCUUGGAAAAACAAGCCCUUGUCUAUCAUCAGUUCGUACUGGUUUCAACCACUCUGCGAUCACAAAUGCAACAGGACAUUUUCAUUAAAACAAAAUUAAAUUAAAAUAUAUUGUAAGCUAUUUUGUUUUACCUAUUGUGCAGCACUGCAGACUAUGUAGUCAAUUAUAAACAAAAACAAUUGUAAUUGAAGUUUGCCCCUUGGUUUCCUCCUAUGAUUCUUCUGUCCUACCUCUCUGCCACAUGUUGCCUUGCAUCUUACUCCAUCUAUCCACUUCUCUCACCAAAAUCUUCUGAUAUCGCUCAUUUGCAAUUUAAUCAUUUUGCACUCUAAUAUUUAAUAUUUUUUUUUAGUCUGUGCAUGUUGCAAAUUCCCCAUCAAAUUCCCAUUCUCUCUCUACAACCUAUCAUCUAUAAGCACCUUGAACGGUUUAUACGUAACAAGCUGACCAGGUUUCUUGAAUCCACCUUCUUAGCCAUUUCCAGGCAUUUUUUCUGGUCUCACAAACUGUCCAAUGAUCCUCUUUUGGACUGAGCUGCUGCUUCCACCACUGCUGCAUCUUUUUGGCUAUGUGACUCUGGUCAUUCAAUGGUGGAUUAGCCCAGCCCAUCAGUGCCAUCUAUAUUUUCUGCACAUUUUUAUUUUGCUCACAUCAUCAAAUUUGAGUUUAUUUUGCUGGCACUUUGAUUUUAUUGAUACCUUGGUCUCCCUGGUACCAGCAGAAUCUAGCCUUGUUGGUGUCUUAAAGGCAAGAUGUUCCAUGCAAUCCCAUGGCUUUUAAAUCCUGAAAUGCAUGACCGCAUGGCACAUCAGGUAAUCCCUAUGGGGUUAAUCUGAACUGUAUCAGGAACAUGAUUUGAAAAUGAACACUGUGCAGGUGGCAAAACAGGUGCAUGCUUCAUUGUUCUGUAUGUAAACAUCCAGAAGAAACUUUACUCCUUGUUCAUGUGGCACACAAGUAUAGAAUACUCUGAAUAUGGUUUUAUGUUACCUGUAAAAUUUCAAAGUAACACCCUCACAUCCACUAUGCUUUGAUGGUUGAGAAAGGCAGUAAAAGCAGUUACUGCAGUUUUUGUCCGUUUUUUUUAAAAUUAUGUAUCAAUUCAGCAGCGCCAAAUAUUGCUAAUCAGUGCACAUCUUGUCUAUAUAACGCAGAAGACAAUCCUAUUUAUGAUCAGGUCAAUAACGUUAGGAUGUUGGCUUUGGGUGCGAGGGUGAUCAUAGUUCUUAUCAAACCACUGUAGUACAACAAAUGGGUGGACAUCGCCCAUAGCCUUUUUUACCAUUAACAUUACAAUAAGCUGUAGUUGUUUUACAUUUGUUUUACGUUUCAGUAACUCCCUGGAUACUGCUUUGGAGUGCUGUUGGCUUCAUUUUGCAUUCAUUCUGUGCAGUGAGUGGAGUACCUAACGCAGUGGUAGUCAACCUUCGGCACCCUAGGUGUUAUGGACUACUUAUCCCCUGAUGGUUUAGCAUUAUGGCUGUAAGAUCAUUACGGAGGAUGUGGUCAACGACUUCUGGAGUGCUGAAGGUUUCCUACCCCUUACCUAACGUACGUUUGUGAAAUGCACUUGUGGAGAUGCCCGUAAGAUGUUUAAAUAGAUGCAUUUAAAAUAAAAAUGCAUACAGAUGUUGAUGGUGACAUGGUGAAGCAGAAAAUAGUACACUGUUUUAUAUUAGCAAAGGUUCUCUCAUUAACUUUCCUUGAAGAAAAUAAACUUGUGGUAUUCAAUUUCUUUUUUUUCUGAAUACAGUAAUAUGAGCAGGGCUUAAAGCGUUGCUGUAACAUUUAUAAUUUUGCAUCUACAAAUUAUUUGUGGUGGUGGGGGAGCAAACCAGUUCAGAAAGUAUAACACUUCAAUCUACCUGUUCUGAUGCAAGGAAUUUGGUACAUUUAUUUAUCAUCAGUUAAACCUUCCAGAAAACAAACAGCAUUUUUUUUUCCAUUUUUACGUUUAACGGAAACAAUUUAUACAUCUUACUGACUUAAUGUUUCUGUCAGUUAGCCUUCUAUUUACAAAAAAAUCCCCAAAUUUGAUCAGGCACCUUUUCACAAUAAAAAAAAAUGUUAAGGAACAUAGUUUUAGAAAUUAUCUGUGUGUAAUUUUGAAAUAAACUUGAAUUUGUUAAAUUCAAAGUUAUAACCAUGCAGUCAAUACAUAAACUCAUUAUUAAAAGGACACUAAGCACCAAAACCACUUCAUCUAAAUGUAUAAAUGCUUUCCCUUUUUUCUGGCAUAUAAAACAUUGCCAGUUCUGAGAGAUUUACUGCCACUAGAGGUGUCUUCAUUGAGGACAGCAUGAUGUUCAUCAUCCACCUGAAAUGUUUUUUGGAUAUCUACAAAGAAGGUAUUGGAUUGAGAUAUUUUAGGAGCCACAUUUGAGUGGCCUGUUGGGAGUAUUUUUUUUAUUUUUCUUUUUUUAUGGUUAGUUUGGAUGUAUAAAUGAGAACUGGAUCAAUCCAAAACAACUAAAAACAAAAUCUGUGUGUAAAAUGUUUUUUCAAGAACUCCAUUGCUGCGUAGGUCUACUCUAAAAAGACUGUUAGACCAUAUUUAACAAGUAAAUAUCUUGUAGAAAGUACAUUUUCUCUGAUCAAGAAGCAAACAUGCCAUUUCAUGCAUGUACUAAGGGAUUUUGGUUAUUUUUGAUUAAAUCCGACUUCCAUUCAAUUGUGUUUUCACCUCUCUCUUACAGAUUGUACCAUUGGGGCGAAAAGAAAUUUUUGCAAAAGAUCUAGUUCGGCAGCUGCAGUUUGAGGCAGAAGAACAAAGGAAACAAAAAAAGAGACAAAAUGUAUCUGGACUUCACAAGUAAGCAUUUUAUGUUUAAAGGGACACGAUGGUCACCAAAACAAUUUUAGCUUAAUGAAGCAGUUUUUGUGUAUAGAUCAUGACUCUGAAGUUUCAUUGUUCAAUUCUAUGCCAUUUAGGAGUUAAAUCACUUUUGUUUGUUUAUGCAGCCCUAGCCACACCUCCCCUGGCUGUGUCUGACACAGUCUGCAUGAAAACAGAACAUUUUUUUUUUCUAUCAGAUGUAACUUACUUUAAAAGAUUUUCUCUCCUGCUCUGUAAGUUGAACUUCAAUUACAUACAGAAGGCUCAUGCAGGGACUAGAACAGGCAUAGGCAGCUUUCUGCACUCCAGAUGUUUUGGACUACACCUCCCAUGAUGCUUUGCCAGCAUUAUGGGGGGGUGUAGUCCACAUUUGGCACAUCUGGAGUGCCAAAGGUUGCAUACCCCUGGUUUAGAAAGCUAUUAACAGAGCAGGAGAUACAAAAUUCUAAAGGAAGUAUAAACAUUAGAUGACUCUUUACUGCAAGUGUUUAGGAAGGCUAUGUAAGUCACAUUUAGGGGUGUGUGCAUAAACAAAGUGAUUUAACUCUUAAAUCACAGACAUUUGAGCAGUGAGACUGCAGGGGCGUGAUCUAUAUACCAAAACUACUUCAUUAAGCAUAAAGGAUGUAAAACGAAUAUAUUUAAUAUUUAGAGAAUUAUGGGAUGUUAUAUACUUGUUGCGGUGUGCUUUGGGCCUCACACACUAAAAUGGUUUCUUCACUGUGCAGUUGUCAUAACAAAUCUCUCAAAUAUUGCAGCAUUAGCACUCAAGGGGUUACUCCAGGCUUUUAGAAGUGGUCAUGAAGUAAACCAUCUCCAUGUGCAACAUUUCUGCUUGAAACACUGCACAUACAGAAAUCUCUACACUUAGCCCAGCCCUGUUCCAGUUAAAGGGACACUAUGACUGUUGUCAGCAUGCACCUCCCUCCCUGUGUCCUUCCAUUUUCUACAUUAGUCUUUGUAACGGAUCACCUGGCACCCCGACUGGGUACCUCCGUUGAUGGAUGCUCCUAGCGCUUCUUGAGGAUUCCAAGCACUCUACCCGACACCGCAGGCCUAACUCCUCUUCCUUCAGAGCGAAGCAGGAACGAGCUCUUAAGAGCUUAGGAGUGAUUAUAGCAAGGGAAUAUGCAGAGCAUAGCAAUCCCUUGUAGCAGAUUCCCCCCAAUAAGAGACAGGACUCCAAAUUGAGGGUGAAGUAGAACUGACUAAAACUUUAUUUUCCGUGGGACUAGCCCAUAUGGUCAUUACAUUAACAUUGUUGUGAAAACUUAAUAAAAUUACAAACAGUCAAAUCAUAGCAGGCAACAUACAGUAACUUAUAACAUAAUUACAUAUUUAUAAAUGGGUGGGGAAGACCAUAAUUAAGACCAUAAUUAACACAAUGUCUCUCCUGCAUGCAGAAUUAGCGAUAUGCACUACACAAGCUCCAUAGCCAAAUCCACCUAGUUGGUAGCAAUACUCAGCAGUACAGGAGAGCAGGCCAUAGUCACAUGGCAGGAGGUUGGCAAUUAGUCUUCUCCAAUGCCCGCUGGCAAGGCUGGUUCCGCCAAAGUCUGUUUUUCUAUGGGGAUGCAGAGGGUGGACUCCUUGUCCAUCCCACACUCCCUCCCUCAGCUGACAGUGUAUAGGCCGGGAUAUCUGCCCAAUCAAAUGCUUCUCUCUAAGAAGCAUUUCAUUGGACCUCCGCAAAGGAAGAAGUGACACAGUGUGACGAGAGAUGGGGCAUGGACACAAAUGAGGAAAACCUCGCCCGGCGAUGGAUUCAAGGUAAGUUCUUAUUUUUAACAGGUUUUUUUUUUUUAAGUGUGGGAUGGUGGACAAAGUUGGUAUGAGAAAAAAAAAAUUAUAGUCAAAGGGGGAGUUAUGGAAACCAUUUAAAAAUCAACAAGUUGCGCUCUGUUAUGGCCUCUGUGGGCAAAAAUGGGCAGCCAUAUUUAUUCAGUUUAUAAGAUGUCUGUUUAUUAAAGUUCAAAUAGGCAUGUUACAUAAUUUGUAAAGGGAAACUGCUUGCCAUGAGAGGUUUACUUUAACAGAUAACUGGUUAAAAUUAGAGCGAACUGAACUUGAAGAAGCAGUAAAAAAUAGAAAUAAUAUAAAAAAAAAAAUGGUAUCAAGAUGCCUCGAGCUAUAUGAAAGCGAACCUGAAAAUCUUAUCUGUUCUACAAUAAAUAAAUGGGAAGAGGAUAUACAUAUGAACAUAAGUUAUGAAGAGUGGAAAAGAUCAAUAGCUAUUGUUUCAAAAAAUAUACAUUGCCUUGAUUUAGCUGAAGUUCAGUACAAGAUAAUGAACAGAUGGUAUUUAACCCCAAAUAGAUUAGCAAAAAUGCAUCUAAAUAUUUUGGAUAGAUGUUGGAGAUGUGAUGCUCAUAGGGGAGGGAUGAUGCAUAUUUGGUGGGAAUGUGGGUCAGUAUUUCUCUUCUGGAGUAUGAUCGCUAUUAAAAUAAAGGCGUUGACUAAUAUUAAGAUAGAUCCACUCCCUAGCAUCUUUUUGCUGCACUUGAAUAUGCAACAAAACUUUGGGCAAUUUUCUGCACUAGUUAUACAUAUUUUAAUGGCGGCAAAAAUAUUGGUGGCAAGAAACUGGAAAUCUAAUAAGGUUCCAUGUUGGGAUCUUGUCAAAGAACUGGUAUAAAGAUGGAAAUGUCAAUAAUAUCAAAAGAAAGGAUAAUGAUGAAAGAUUGGCUGAGCAAGAUACAGAUGUAAUACGUAAUGUCCUCUCCCCUCUCCUUUUCUUUUUCUAAAAAAAUCUUUUUGACCCCGCAUACAUAUGUACAUAGUUAUAUCAUUCGGCAAAAUCUAAAUGAACAAGUGUAUAAUUUUAACAUGGCACAUGAAGUCCAUCUAUUCUAGUCCCUAUCGCAGGAAAAAGAGAGAAGGGGUUUGUGUUGUAUUGUAUAAUUUAUGUGUUGACAUACUGGAUAGGAUAUGUAAAGUCUAAACUUAGAAGUGGAGUAAUAUAUUAAAAAGUGGAAAUAGAAAUUGAUAUAUCAAUAGGUAAUCUAUAUAGAGAAUUAUAACUAUGUAUGUCAAAUAUGUCGAAAUGUAUGGUUUUUGUUACUGUGUAUUGUCAUAUAAUAUUUUCUAAAAUAAAGAUUAGAUAUGGGAAAAAAAAAAAAACUAGAGGGACCUGGUACCCAAACCACUUAAUUGAGCUGAAGUGGUCUGCGUUCUUACAGUGGACCUUUAAGAGUUAAAUCACUUUAUUUCUGCAGCUCUAGCCGCCCCUCUCCUGGCUGUGACUCACACAUCUUUCCUACACAUUCCCUGGAAAAAAACCCUAGUUCAGUCAGUAGAGCAGUGUAUACUUUCUCGCUUUCCUUUAAAACCAUUAUAACAACAAAAUGUCUGGAAUGUUUUGAUAGGAGUGAGUGCAUUGCACACCUAUUUAAACACAACAGUAUUUCAUUUGUUGCAUGGUAAAUCAAUAUACACUUAUGGUAAAUCCAAAAAGAUGUUGGUAAAAUAAUCCCAGGAGACAAUGCUCUAUACAUAGCGUACUGUUUGGAUGAGAACAUUGAUAUUUAAGCAAUCAUGAUACAUAGAUGUGUUUCUCUGCUGCAUGAAAAUAAGUUGCAAAGUGUUGAAUUAAUUUCCUUCCGGGAAAUAAGCAAAAUUUAUAAAAUCAGGGGACUUACUUCUUGGAGAGAUCUGGUAAUAUGACGACAAAACUGGAACAUAGCGUUUAAAGUCAGCCAUGACCACUAAUUAAAUGAACAGAAUUGAUAUCAGACAGUAAUCCCUUCUGUAAAUGUGAUUUUUGGCAUUCUGUACACAGUGUAAACAUUCCUCUGCUCUGUGUGAGGUUGAAUUGUGCAAACUUUAUAAACUUCAAUCUCUAACUUUAUCCUUGACCUAUAAUACCUAUGUUACCUGCAGUGUGUGUGUGUGUACUACCUUGUGCAGACUGUGUUUAUAAUGCAAUAAAACCAUCCAAAGUGGAAAAGCAUUAAAGUGAUUAAUACAGUGUAGUGAUGAUUAAUUGAGAUAAAAGCAAUAUUAAUGCAUUUACUUAUUUAUGUCUUGUCAUGGUUUCUGUCACCCAGUGGUAAUUUCGCAGCUACGGGCUGUACUUAGAGGCUUAAUACUUCUGCUCAAAUUGAUCUGAUCUUAGAAAAGCUUGUGUCUAGGUAAAAGUUGCUUAAUAUCCCUAUUUUUACUUUAUGCGUCGCAAACAUUGAGGUUUUAUAACAAACUAUAAGCUACCAUUAGUUCAUGGCUUGCAUUUUCUUGUCACUGAUCAGGAUUUUCACUAAAGUGAAUUUCAAAUACAGUAUUUAGGCGAAAACCGCUUAAUUAAAAAAAUCUACUUGUCUAAUUUUUAGUUAUUGAUAACAUUUGAAAUCCACUUAAAGGGGCACUGUAGGCACUUUAGCAUCUUCAUCUUAUAAAAGUUAUUAUAGUGCCUGCACCUUCCCUUCUACCCACCAAUCCCUUUAGUUGACUAAUUAUAGGGCUUGGAAAUGCAGUUUCAAGCCACACCUCCAUGUGAUCCGGGAAUGUUACUUCCCGACUCUCAUACAGUAAGAUGUUGUGUGCAUGUGCAGAGUAAAUUAUUCUCUAUGGCAGAAUCAUGGGAGCACUGCGCAUGCACCCAAGGUUCCUAAUUAUCGCAACAAAUUAAUAAGGGGCAUUAGAGCUGUAGUGUUAAAAACCGAAAGAAAUCUGUAUUCCUAACACUGUGGUGUUAUUUUUUUAUUUUUAUUUUAUGCUAUUCUUAUUUCCCUAAUAGCUUCAGACAAAAAUAGUCAAUUCAGUUUCUUUUACAUCCAGCAUUAUCUUUCUUUCUUAAAUUUGCUACAGUUACAUACAACCAAGUUGGAAAUCCCAAAAAUUGGUGUAUGAAACAAGAGCUGUUUGUCAUUGAGCAGAAGAAAUUAAAGAUGAAUGUGUGUUAAUCUUAAUUUUAGUAAUGACAGGAGGCGAGUAUUUUGUAUUAACUUUCUUUACCAACUCCAUAGCAGCAAAGAAAAAAACAGGUGAAAUAAAGAACCAAUCAGAACACAUUCAGAGUGUAUAUAAUGGAAAGCAUAUCCGCAUCACUUCCUCUUGACACGUGCGACAUCACAAGUCCAGAAUCAAAUGAGAAACUUUGUACAAAAUCUAACUUCAUCCUUAAAUAUGAUAAUGGAAACUAAUUCCUCCUGUAGACUGGCUACGCUGAAAGAAAAUAAACUAGUUUCAGUGAUACAGAAUCAACCGUAUGAAUACAUAUACCUAGUUACAUAGCUGAAAAGAGACUUGUGUCCAUCAAGUUCAGCCUUCCUCACAUUUUUUUUUUUUUUUUUUGCUUUUGAUCCAAAAAAGGCAGUUUGAAGCACAAUUUUGCAACAAGCUAGGAAAAAAAUUCCUUCUUGACCCCAGAAUGGCAGUCAGAUUUAUCCUUGGAUCAAACAGUUAUUACCCUAUAUUGAAAGAUUAUAUCUUGAACAUUCUGUUUUUGCAAGAAUGCAUCUAGUAGCUGUUUGAACAUCUGUAUGGACUCUGAUAAAACCACUUCUUCAGACAGAGAAUUCCACAUCCUUAUUGUUCUUAUAGUAAAAAAACCUUUCCUUUGCCUUAGACAAAAUCUUCUUUCUUCCAGUCUUAACGCAUGACCUCGUGUCCUAUGUAAAGUCCUGUUUGUGAAUAAAUUUCCACACAAUGGUUUGUAUUUGCCCCGAAUAUAUUUGUAUAAUGUUAUCAUAUCCCCUCUCAGGCCACGUUUUUCUAAACUAAAUAGGUUUAAAUUUGUUAGCCUUUCUUCAUAGCUGAUAUGUUCCAUUCCUUUUAUUAAUUUUGUAGCCCGCCUUUGCACUUUUUCUAGUGCCAUAAUAUCCUUCUUUAGAACAGGUGCCCAAAAUUGCACAGCAUAUUCAAUAUGUGGUCUUACCAGUGAUUUAUAAAGAGGCAAAAUUUAUAUUCUCGUCCCGAAAAUGACUGCCCUUUUUCAUGCACGACAAUACCUUACUGCCACUGCUGACUGACAUUGCACAUUGUUGCAUAGUUUGUUGUCUAUAACAAUUCCCAAGUCCUUUUCGUGUGUUGUUAUCCCUAAUUCGCUUCCAUUAAGGGUAUACGUGGCUUGUGUAUUCUUUCUGCCGAAGUGCAUAACUUUUAGCAUUUUUCAACCUUAAAUUUCAUCUGCCAUUUGAGUGCCUAGUCCCCCAGUCUAUCUAAAUCCCUCUGCAGAAAAGUAAUAUCUUGCUCACAUUGUAUUAUUUUACAGUUUUGUGUCAUCUGCAAACACUGAAACAUGACUUUCAAUGCUGUCUUCAAGAUCAUUUAUAAGCAUGUUAAAGAGAAGGGGUCCCAGAACAGACCCCUGAGGGACACCACUUGCCACCUCUGUCCAGCUUGAAAAUUUACUAUUAAUGACAACUUUUUGUACUCUGUUUUUAAGCCAAUGUUCUACCCAAGAACAAGCAUUUUCAUCUAGACCAAUUUCCUUGAGUUUGAACACUAAUCCAUUGUGUGGAACUGUAUCAAAUUCCUUGGCAAAAUCCAAAAUCUCUACUUCUUCGUAGAACGCAAUCAAGUUAGUUUGACAUGACCUGUGCUUCAUAAAACCGUGCUGAUUUUUGCUGAUAAUCAUGUUCUUCUCAAGGAAUUCUUGAAUAUUAUCCCUUAACCUUUCAAAUAUUUUCACAGCCACAGAAUUUAAGCUCACAGGUCUAUAAUUUCCAGGCAAGGAUUUUGAACCCUUUUUGAAUAUAGGAACCAUAUCUGUCUUCCUCCAAUCCUCCGGAACACUUCCUGAAAGAAAAGAAUCUUGAAAGAUUAAAAACAGCGUUUCAUUUAUUUCUACACUUAGUUCCUUAAAGGACCACUCUAGGCACUCAGACCACCUCAGCUUAAUGAAGUGGUCUGGGUGCCAGGUCCAGCUAGGGUUAACCCAUUUUUUUUAUAAACAUAGCAGUUUUUCUGAAACUGCUAUGUUUAUAAUAGGAUUAAUCCAGCCCUCAAAUCCUCUAGUGCAGGGGUUCUCAACGUUAGUCCUCAGGACCCCCUACCAGUCCAGGGUUUAGGGAUUACCUGGGUGUGUCUAAGGUGUUUAGAGAAAAAAAAACACCUUAGAGUCUAAGGUGUUUUUCCCCCCCCCCUUUUUCUAAACACCUGAGACACACCCAGGUAAUCCCCAAAUCCUGGACUGGUAGGGGGUCCUGAGGACUGGGUUGAGAACCCCUGCUCUAGUGGCUGUCUCAUUGACAGCCACUAAGAGAUGCUUGUGUGAUUCUCACUGUAAAAAUCACAGUGAGAACACGCAAGCGUCCAUAGGAAAGCAUUGUAAAUGCUUUCCUAUGAGACCGGCUGAAUGCACGCGCAGCUCUUGCCGCACAUGCGCAUUCAGCCGAAUGGGAGGAGAGGAGGAGGAGAGCUCCCUGCCUGACGCUGGAGAAAGGUACGUUUUAACCCCUUCCUCUCCCCAGAGCCCAGCGGGAGGGGGUCCCUGAGGGUGGGGGCACCCUCAGGGCACUAUAGUGCCAGGAAAACGAGUAUGUUUUCCUGCCACUAUAGUGGGUCUUUAAGUACUCGUGGAUGGACACCGUCAGGCCCUGGAGCUUUGUUUAUAUUAACUUUAGUUGCUGCAGCACCUUGUCUUGAGCUAACCAAUUACAAUUAUUCUGCAAGUUUUUAUUAGCAAUCAUUUGCACAUCUAUUGCCAUGGGUUCUUCCUUAAUAUAUACAGAGGAGAAAUUAUUUAAAAUUCCUGCCUUUUCCUGGUUUUCAUUAACUAACACACCCGUUUCAGUUUUUAGUGUACCUACACUUUCAUUUUUGUUUUUUUUAGAAUUUAUGUACUUAAAAAAUGCUCUGAGGUUGGUUUUGCUCUCUUUAGCUAUCAUUUUUUCAUUUUGAAGUUUAGCAAAUCUAAUUGCCUUUUUUGCAGUAGAGUACAGUGAGCUUAGGUAAUUGGAUUUCAAUUUACCUGACAUAGAUCUAACACUAUCCAAAAUUAACAUACUAGAAUAAUAUACCCAUGACAAAAUGAAAUUUCUCUAUACGCUAAUUUUUCUCACAAACCUAUAAUGUAUACACAUGAAGUACUACAAACCCAAUAUCUUGUAACCUUAUAUCAGGGUGGGAUGAACAACAUACAAAAAAGGGGGGGAGAAUAGUCCACUCCUGUCAUUAUUAAAAUUAAGAUACUAGCGUAGUUUAUUAAUAAUAUUAAGUUUUACCACAUGACAGGAGGCUUCAAGGAUCACUAUAGGGUCAGGAACACAAACGUGUAUAACCCACUAUGUUACUCACAGACUAAUGGUGUGUGGUGAUAAGCAGACUCUUGUUAUGAUCACUGGGGCUCACCCAGGAAAAUCAGGACUGCAAAUACAGAUUCCGUUCAGCAGCACUCUGGGUAUUACCCAAGUGGGGGCUCCCCCCUUGCCAGAAUACUAGGGUAUACCUGACUGGCAGUCCCACUCCCCAGGGGUAUUACUUGACCAGUUCCCUGACAGUAUGCACAGCACAGCUGGACUGCAAAACACAAAAACACGAGAGCCUCUUUGUGAUGGGAGUAAAAUACACGGCUAACGCUAACAAGAUGGCUGCCACGGGUCUCUUGAGAACCGGGGCUUAAAUGGUGUAAUGGGUUAAAAUCUUACCUUUCUCCAGCGCUGGGCAGGGAGCUCUCCUCCUCCUCUUCGGCUGAAUGCGCAUGCGCGGCAGGAGCUAUGCGCGCAUUCAGCCAGUCUCAUAGGAAAGCAUUCAUAAUGCUUUCCUGUGGACGCUUGCGUCUUCUCGCUGUGAUUUUCACAGUGAGAAGCACGCAAACGCCUCUAGCGGCUGUCAAUGAGACAGAUACUAGAGGCUUUAGAGGCUGGAUUAACCCAUUUAUAAACAUAGUUUCUCUGAAACUGCUAUGUUUAUAAAAAAAAAAAAAUGGGUUAAACUUAGCUGGACCAGGCACCCAGACCACUUCAUUAAGCUGAAGUGUUCUGGGUGCCUAGAGUGGUCCUUUAAUAGAAUAAGAAAGGGUGGUGCACGGAGGUACUUCAUUUUAUAUUAGAAGAUCUGAGACUUUAUCUUUUAAUCUGAGCUCUAAAUAGUUUAACCCCUUAAGGACCAAACUUCUGGAAUAAAAGGGAAUCAUGACAUGUCACGUGUCGUGUCCUUAAGGGGUUAAGUUAAAGACUUGUUAAUGAAUCUUUGGACAGAGGUAUUUUGAAAAAAAUGUUUUUCAUUUAUUGUAGAUGUGAAAGGGACUCACUGUUAACGAGCCAACAUACAAAAAUCAAUUGAGAACAUUUAUAAUGCAAAAACUUCCCCAUUGUUUUUCUGCCAUUGUUUACUUACGCAACGCUCCAAUACUUCUUUUAGCGACAAAGUGAAUAAAGCAAAUCUUCUAACGACUAUACACACCUACUUGAUCAUUCUCAUAUUCAACCUACCUGAGUCUUGUGUUUUUAGUUUUACAUUUAUAUGAAUGCACUGUUUGUUGCAUACAGUUUGUCGGUAUCUAAACAACAUUCAAGCCUGAUUUCUAUGCACUCCUUUUGUUUUGCAUUCUAAGAAGAAAAGCUCUGAGCUUUGUGCUAACAGAAGGCUUUAUUUCAGUAUAAUGUCUGUUAACUGCGGAUGUGCACAAACUCCAAAGUUGUUUUGUUUUUGUAUUUUUUUUUUUUUUAAUUUAACAUUCCUAAGAAUCACAUUUUAUGAUUUAUUUUUUUCCCCCUUUUAUAUAGAAAAUAACAACUAUUUAAUCUUUUAAAAUAACCUUUUAAUUUAAAGGUAUCUUCAUUUAUUGGAUGGUAAAGAAAAUUAUCCGUGCCUAAUUGAUGCAGAGGAGACCGUUAUUUCCUUCCCACCGAUCACCAACAGUGACAAAACAAAGGUAACUCUUUUUUACGACAGCAUAGUAAAUGAUUUGUUCUGGUGAUCUAAGCCUUACUGGAACAUUUGCUUGCAUCAUUUGCCAUGGCUAAAGACAUUCUUGAUCACAUAAUGUAUUUACUAUCCACUUAAGGAAUACUUGAUGUCAAAAUCCCCAGUGAAGCGUGACUGUUUUUGUCUUCUAUUUGGGAGGAAUGUUUUAGUUCUAAAUGCGGCAACAUGGGUUGCUAGUGGAUUCUCUAACGUCAUCAUACAGUAAUGAAUGAGAGCUGAAUGUUUAAAAACUUGCACUAUCUAGGCUUCCAUGAGGCAUUUCAUUAAAAUCUUUCAUAAACCCAAUUUAAUUAAAAGGCAAAAACUUAGCUUGGAUAUCACUGGCAGAAACCAAAUUUUACUACUAUGUAAUAUAUUAAAUUACAUUGCUGUUAAUGGCAAAAAUAAUUUAUUCAAACUAAACAAAUUGAAUAAAUCAUUGAAAAUCCAACCCAGUCAAGAUAUAUACAGACACAAAGUAGGUACUCUGUAUUUCUCCUUUGCCUGACUUUCUUAAACUCAUGACUGAAUCUAAAUCAAUCCCGUCACCAGUGAUUGCUGCAGGAAAUUGGCCGUGUCUGUGAUGGAUUCCGUGAUCUGAUGGGAUCCUCCAUAGACCUCAAUGCUGUGGUCUGAGUGCAGUUGCCCUGCCCUACAAAGUAAAAUAUGAGCAUUAGGUCCCCAGUGCUCUUCUAUGAGGAGCAUUAGAUAGGACCAUCGCACCGGAGGCCAUGCCUCCUUCAUGAAGUCGCAGGUAAUGGGAAGGUGAGCAGCACUGAGGGAGUCUCAGUGCUGGAAAAACAGUAAAACCUUUUAUUAACUAUUGUGGCACACCAGUGGGAGGAUGGACAUCUGUAUAGAAUGUAGCGACUGGUGCUAUAUCUUUGGAUAUACAAGUUUGUAUUCCUAAUGCUAUAGUGUUCCUUCAAUUGGUACUCCUAACAGUUUUUUAGUUUGGCUUUGCUUGAUAUUGUAAUGGGUGCAGUGGGUUAUGUGUUGGUCAGUUGCAGAUGUUCCAGUCGGUCAUAACUCAGUUAAUUUGUUAUUAAUCAUCAUAACCAUUAAUUCCUUAGAUAUGGAAAUCUACCCGGGACCUAUUUAUAGAAGUGACCAGCUCCAGCAGCCUGCAGAUUUGUAAAGAUGUCAUGGAAGCAAUUAUCAUUGUACGUAUUAACUUUAUUUUUAUGGUUAGGGGUUGUGUAUAUUAGAAUUGUGUAUGGUGGAAAAAAACCUGUCAGUCCUGCUGCAUUCCAUGAGGAUGAGGACUUUUAAACACUGGGGGAUAGGGGAUAUCGUUGGCUAUAUCCACCUGUGACCACAUCCUAUUAACCCCCAUAGCUCGUUUUUAUAUUUAUUGUUUUAAUCAUUUUACAGUAUUUUUAUAACUUAAAUUCGAGGGGGGGGGGGAGGGGUCUUUAGGUAAAUUUGGUUUGCGUUUAUCUUAAACCAGUUUUUACAUAUGACUUUUUAAGUUUUCACUUGCCUAUCCCCUGGCACUCACAAAGUAACUCUGAUAGCAGUUUGGUACAUGUGAUAUACCCCAGUUCUGGUCUCAAACUGGAACACCGUGUAAAUGAUCCCUUAAAUGACAUCAGAGCUAGUUUUCACUCCUGAACCGCCUAGACUUUCACAUUCUGUAAAAAUAUAUCUCUCUCUUUACAUUGCUUGGUAAACUAUAGAUAUGCAACAAAUCAACAUAUACUAUAAACAUAACAAAAAAAUUGAAAAAGAACCAAGCACUUAACAUGCUCUCUGCAAAUAAAACCUAAAUACCGUUUUUACUAGCGUAUAAGCCAACCCGAAGAUAAGCUGAGGCACCUAAUUUUACCACAAAAAAAACUGGGAAAACUUAUUGACUCAAGUAAAAGCCUAGGGUGGGAAAUGCAGCAGCUACUGUAUCAAAAUGCAAUGCAAAGCUUCAGAUUAUCCCAUGACUAAUGGGAGUUACAGUCCCAUUACAGACUGUGUACUUAUUCGCUAAAACCUGAUCUAAUAAAACACAUUUAAAGCAAAAGGAAAAUCCUCUUUUAAAGAAUUUGCUGAUUUUUUUAUUUUUCACACCCCCACCUCCUCAGUGGUCCUUUCCUCCUUCUCCCCCCCACCUCCUUAGUGGUCCUUUCCCCCUUUGCCCCCCCACCUCCUUAGUGGUCCUUUCCCCCUUCUUCCCCCCACCUCCUUAGUGGUCCUUUCCUCUUCCCACCUCCUUAGUGGUCCUUCUUUCCCCACCUCCUAGUGGUCCUUUUCCCCUUCUUCCCCACCUCCUUAGUGGUCCUUUCUCUUCCCCUUCUUUCCCCACCUCCUUAGUGGUCCUUUUCCCCUUCUUCCCUCCACCUCCUUAGUGGUCCUUUUCUUUCCCUUCUUCCCCUUCUUCCUCCCCCCACUCUUAGUGGUCCUUUUCCCCUUUCUUUCCCCUCUACCCUCCUUAGUGGUCCUUUUCCCCUUCUUCCCCAUCUCCUUAGUGGUCCUUUCCCCUUCUUUCCCAUCUCCUUAGUGGUUCUUCCCCACCUCCUAGUGGUCCUUUCUCCUCUUUCCCCACCUCCUUAGUGCCCCAUUCUCCCCACCUACCUCCUUAGUGGUCCUUUUCCCCUUCUCCCUACCACCUACCUCUUAGUGGUCCUUUCCCUUUCUCCCACCACCUACCCCUCUCUUCUCCCCUCUACCUACUCCUUUUUAGUGGUCCUUUCCUUCUCCUUACCACCUACCUCUUAGUGGGUCCUUUCCCCUUCUCCCCCCAACUACUCUCCUUAGUGGUCCUUUUUCCUCCAGCUCCCCACCUCUUAGUGGUCCUUUCCUUUCUCCUCCUCCUCCCCACCUCCUUAGUGGACCUUUCCCUCUUCUUCCCCCCUCCUUAGUGGUCCCUAUGUAGCGUGGCCGGGCAGCGCAGGCAACAGUACAGGAACUUCUUAGGGAAGCGCUCACUCGAGUAUAAGUAUAUUAAAAAUGAGCUGAAAAAGUCAGCUUAUACUCAAGUGUAUAUACGGUAAUUUGUGAACAAACAUCCUUGCCACUAAAAGCCAAUGUAAAUGUACAAUUGUGUAUGUCCUCAAGUAAAGGGUAUACAUCUAAUUAUAAUUAACACGCAUUAGUUCCUGUUUCUCUUUUGUAAAUAUAUAUUGUAAUGGUGUUACCAUAAUUUAAACCUAGACAGACUGCUUUGCUAUUGCCUGUAGUGGAUGAAAGAACAGGUCUUAUACCAUAUGUCUCCAUAGGGUAGCUCUUUGGCUGCCUGUAAGCUGCAGAAGCAUGAUGGGUGUUGUAUUCUGUCAACAGCUGAGAGCUACCGGUUUAUCCACCUCUUAAACCAAGCAAAUGCUUUUUUUUUUUUUUUUUUAAACCCCUCUUGAUUUUAUUUUUUGUUUAUUCUUCUAGAAAAUGGCUGAGCUAAAUAAAUUCACUUUAGAGAAUAAAGAAGAAGUUGUCUGUGACUCUGAACCAGAACCUGAUGUUGGCCAUCAAGUACCUGCAGCUUGUCAAAUACCUGAAACAGAGACUGGCACCCAACUUGUGGUGGAACAAGUACGGGUUACAGACAUAGAAGGAAAUCUCAAAGUUCUCUAUCCAUCGAAAACAGACCUGAACUUGGCCACAUCAUCCUUUUUGGUAGUCCGUUGA